UUCACUGUGUGAAAACUUUUUCUUCCAGAUCAGCUUCUACCAAGAACAUCAGUAUGAUUUACCCUAUAGUCCUCUGUGUCUUGGCAGCACAGUUUCUUCACAGUAUGUCCCAGGAAGUAGAUGAUGAAGUGAUUCCCCAUACAGCACCAAGUUUGGGAGGCUGGGUAAAAAUGCCAGUGGAUUCCAAGAAUGUAAUGAGAUUGCAGAGGUUUGUGGAGGAGUCAUACAAUCAUGAGAGUAACAGUGAGUACUGGUACAAGAUCAAGAGAGUUCUCAGUGCCAGCAUGCAGGUUGUGAAUGGAUUCAAUUAUGACAUAAGUCUGAUUCUGGAACCAACUGAAUGUUUGAAAAAAGAUAUGAACAGUGACAAGAAUUGUCUUCUUAUGGGCUUAGCUGGCCAAAAGGGGGAAGAAUGCCAAAUUCAGAUCUAUGAGCCAAUCCCAACAUUUGAGCCUAUGGUCAUGAACAAAAGCUGUAGGGAAUGGACUCAACGUUGAAUAGUGUGUAAUAAUUACAGCCACUCUGUCCAAUUGUUUCUAUUCAUGAGCAUCUAUCAUGGAAAAAAGAAAAGAUUACUUUUUUACACUUUUGUCUAUUUGUCUCUCACUUUGUCUCUCAUAGCUAAAUCCCAGGGUGUUGAAUACAUUGUUUUUUUGUUCAUAAAUCAUCCAAAUAAAUGUGGUUUGUGCUUUAA